AUGUCGUCGUCAAACUUCAUAGUGGAAUCGUGUAAAGUUGAUUCGGAGGAAGGAGUGAAGCUUCACACGAGAAUCUUCAAACACAGAGACGACGUCGUACAAGGAAACAACGACGACGGGAAUAGUGUUGGCAUAGCUUCUGAGUUGGCUUGUAAGGGUUUUUGGUCUGUUACUUUCGACACGAGAGGCGCUGGGAAAUCUACGGGAAGAGCUACUCUUACUGGCUUCGCUGAGGUCAAGGAUGUGGUCUCUGUUUGUCGGUGGCUUGUUCAGAGUUUUGAUGCUGAUAGGAUCUUGCUCGUUGGUUCUUCUGCUGGUAAGAGUUGUCCUGAUGAUUUUAGGGUAGAGUGUGGUGACUUUAUUUACAGUUUCUCUGUCUCUGCUGAUAACUCGGUUUCAUGUUUGCGUCAUGAACUCAUUAGCGUUAGCCAACUCAAGAAGAAGCUUAAAUCUGCAGCUGGACGCACUGAAACACACCUCAUUGAAGGUGUUAGCCAUUUCCAGAUGGAAGGACCUGAAUAUGAUUCUCAGAUGGCUGAUGUCAUUUGCAACUUUAUUUCAUCCUUAUAA